CCGGAGGAUGGCUCUGCUGCAGGCUCUGAGCGUGUUCUUCCUCACCAUGACCACCACCACCAAACAGGAGCAAGUCCAAGACGAGGUCAUUGUCAAGGAGAAGAAGCGCAAGUAUGACAUCUCGCUCUACAAGAGAGGCGACCUACUGGAGGUACCCCGCACUUUGUUCACACAUUUCGGAAUCUACCUGGGAAAUGACCGCGUCGCCCACCUGAUCCCCGACAUCCUACCCCUCUUCACGUCCGACCGGAGCACCAUUGACACCAUGGUGACCAACCUGCGGCUCAUCCUGGGCGCCAUCACCAAGGUGGCCAGUGUGCGCGUGGACUCGGUGGAGGACUUUGCCUACGGGGGCGACAUCCUCAUCAACCCCAUGGACGGAGUGUGCAGCCGGCAGCCCUACGACGGGGAGGAAGUGGGCCGCCGGGCGGAGAAGUUGAUAGGGCCAGUGAGCUAUAGCCUCUUGUGGUACAACUGCGAGCAUUACGUCAUGUACUGCCGCUACGGGACUGCCAUGAGCUUCCAGACCUUCCAGUUCUGUAAAGCUGUACGGAAGAUCUUCUGCAGUAAGAUGUUCUCUUUCGUGAGCGCAUUAAUUGGUGUAGCCAUCAUGUUUUACCUCCAAACUGAUCCACUUUACACUCUGCUCCCCACCUUCCUCAUCUCCUUCCACAUCUGGAUGGCCUCCUGAGUCCACAUGACAACCCGGCAAUGGAAAAGACCUGAAAAAAACCAUACAAAGCCAGAUAAACAUCUUGGAGUCAAGCCAUGGUUUCAGGUGUACAUUAUUACCAUUGCCUUUAACGAAGCCUGUCAAUUGCAAUCUGCAUCAGCCUGAAAUGUAGGCCUACUGUAUCUAGCCUACUGCAAGUUAGUUGCCUAAGCUAUAUGGUGGCUGUUUCCCGGUGUAACUGACAUAACCUUACAAACACAAUGUUUAUGUAAAAUAUCAAAACUGACUUUUCAGAGCAUUCUCCGCACUGGAGGCUUUGAAUGAAAGUUGAAUGUAAAUAUAAGUAAAUACUAAGUAAUUCUUUAUUUUCUUCUGUAUUAUGUGUGUUAACUGUGCAUUAAAACGUUUUGGU